GGGGGGGGGGGGGGGGAGGACCUGAUCAGCAAUGGUGAGGGGCUUCUUACCCUCUCCAUCCCCGGUAUUUGGUCGCUUCCCUUUUUUAAGCGGCUUCUUGCCAUCUCAUUGGCUGCUCCGGGGCAGAACUGCUCGAAUCAGGAAAGUUUGAGAGAAACAAAAUUUAAUUCAGAGAAAGAAAGAGAGAGAGAGAGAGACAGACAGACAGUGAGAGAGAGAGAGAGAGAGAGAGAAAAUGGCUGAAACUGGGUCCAGGACAAAGUAACUGCCACAGGCCGGUGGGGAGCGUAGGGGGGAAGGAUAGAGUUGAGGUGAGGUGGGGGGGGGGAACGACACACUGAGUGUCCACAGGACGGGGGAGAGUGGGCGCGGGGACGGGUCGGGGUUGACGGCCACAGAGCAGUUUAAAGUGUACGUUCGAUUGCUGUGCAGAUCUGGGACUUGCUCGGCUCUUUGUGUUACUCCACGAGGAGUAGAAUCGCAGCAUAGAGGAGGGAACAUGUGCUCUUCCUGAAGCCUACAUUGGACGUGUUAAGUGUCACCAUAUAAUGCAGUUAAAUGGAUGCAAGUGACAUUUUGGUUAGCUUGCAUGAGCAUUCCUAUCAUAUUCGAUACAGAAUGGAGGCUUCCUGCCUGGAGCUGGCUCUGGAAGGUGAACGACUCUGCAAAGCAGGAGAUUGUCAAGCUGGGGUAUCGUUCUUUGAAGCUGCAGUUCAGGUUGGAACAGAGGACCUAAAAACACUGAGUGCUAUCUACAGUCAGCUUGGAAAUGCCUAUUUCUAUUUACAUGAAUAUUCCAAAGCACUGGAAUACCACCAUCAUGACUUAACUCUUGCAAGAACAAUUGGUGACCAGUUGGGUGAAGCUAAAGCCAGCGGGAACCUUGGCAAUACACUCAAGGUUUUGGGACGCUUUGAUGAAGCUAUAGUUUGCUGUCAAAGACAUCUCGACAUUUCUACAGAACAUUGUGAUAAGAUAGGCGAAGCAAGAGCACUUUACAACCUUGGCAAUGUACAUCAUGCUAAGGGCAAAAAUCUUGCUUGUGCAGGAACUCAGGAUCCAGGUGAUUUUCCCGAGGAAGUGAUUUCAGCUUUACAAAAGGCUGCAGAAUACUAUGAGGAAAAUUUGGUUAUUGUUAAGGAACUUAGAGAUCGAGCAGCUCAAGGACGUGCUUAUGGAAAUCUAGGGAAUACACAUUAUCUUUUGGGGAACUUCAGAAAGGCAGUGAGAUCACACCAAGAGCGCUUACAAAUUGCAAGAGAGUUUGGAGAUAAAUCAGCUGAAAGGAGGGCAUACAGUAAUCUGGGAAAUGCUUCUGUGUUUCUUGGUGAAUUUGCUGUGGCUGCCGAUCAUUACAAGAGGACACUUUACCUGGCUCGGCAGCUGAGGGAUAGGGCAGUGGAAGCACAAGCUUGUUACAGCCUUGGAAACACUUAUACUUUACUUCAGGACUAUGAAAAGGCCAUAGAAUAUCAUCUGAAACAUCUUCUGAUUGCACAAGAGCUUACUGACAGGAUUGGUGAAGGGAGAGCAUGCUGGAGCUUGGGAAAUGCAUACACAGCACUAGGAAAUCAUGAACAAGCUGUGCAUUUUGCAGAGAAACAUCUUGAAAUUUCCAAAGAGGUUGGUGAUAGAAGUGGUGAACUCACAGCGCGAAUGAAUCUCUCAGAUCUUCAGAUGGUGUUGGGCCUGAGUUAUAGUACAAAUAGCUCCAUUUUGUCAGUGAGCCAGGAAUUGGAUUAUAACUCUCAAGGUGCUCGACCGCGAUUAGGGCGUCGACAGAGCAUGGAAAAAAUGGAACUUAUGAGGUUAACACCAGAAAAGUUCCAAAACUGGAACAGUGAAAUCCUUGCCAAACAGAAACCUGCGCUUUCUAAGCCAUCAGCUAAGUUGCUGUUUGUAAACCGAUUCAAAGGUAAAAAGUUCAAAAGCAACAGUUCAGCUUCAAAAGUACUUAAAGACACAAGUAAUUCUGUGCUCACAAAUGAUAUCAGAACACACGCUCCCCAAAAGAGGCUAAGCCCGGAUAUGAUUGGGGAUGGGUUCUUCGACCUGUUAAGUCGGUUCCAGAGCAAUCGAAUGGAUGAUCAGCGGUACACAUUUACAAAUGCAGCUGUCUCUUCAACUCCUCCACAAACCAUGGUGAAAUCCCAUUCUGCUUCUGUUGUCUCUCCCCAAACUGAUGAGUUUUUGGAUCUGCUGGCAAGUUCUCAGAGCCGCCGAUUAGAUGACCAGCGUGCAAGUUUCAGCAAUCUUCCAGGCCUUCGACUUAAUCAGCACAAUAACCAUUCUGUUCUCAAUCACCUAAUGAACAAUGGCGAUAGCAAGGAGCCAGAUGACAAGUUCUUCGACAUGCUAGUAAAAUGCCAGGGCUCUAGACUGGAUGACCAGCGAUGUGCACCACCAAUAUUGCAUAAAGGCCCUACUGUUCCUGAUGAAGACUUCUUCAGCCUGAUCCUGCGAUCUCAAGCUAAACGUAUGGAUGAACAGCGCUUCACAUUUCCUUCAAAUGUGAAAGAAAAAAAAAGCUCAAUUCCAAUUGAAUGAAUGAGUUCUCAGAUACUUAAAAUACUAAUUAUUCAAAAGAAACACAAUGUCUGAAAAAUGCACGUUAUGUAUUGUAAAUAUUGAAAUCACUGUCUUCUGAAGUCUGUGUAUGCCACGAGCAGGGAUAAACUGGCUUUUUUUUAAAAAAAAUGAAUUUUCAAGGUUUACAUGAAACUACCAAUGACUGCAAAUGGUAAAACUAGAUCAAUAUCUUAUUUUUGUUCCUACUCUUUUCCACAAAAUUUUUUUUUUGUUUAAAAUGUUUUUUAAUCCUCCACCACUGUUUUGUUGAAUAAUCACAAUUAUUACAACUCUCGGUAGUUGUCACAGAAGGUGAGAAGACCAUUGGUUUUACAUAUUUUCAGAAGAUUAGCAAGACAUGACUGCCACACUGAUUAAAUUUGUAGAUGUUUACAGAAUUAUGUUAACAAAAUUGCUCAUGCCUUUAUUUCAGUUUUUUUUUAAAAAGCUGACUUAGCAGAAUAAUGCUGCCCAUUAGANUUUUUUUAAGUGAAAGUGUGGUUGUUACAUUAAUGAAUUUAAUUCCUACAAGGCAUUUGUAAACAAUAAUAGAAAGAAUAUUUUCUGUCGUACAAAAAUAUUUUACUUUUUUGACCUCAAUCUACUGCCAAUCUGUUUGGUUUACCUGAAGUUUAUUGAAGGGACUUUUGUAACUGUUUUUUGUCUCUUUUUUUAUUUGUUUUUGUAACUUCUGCUGUAAGAAAUGCUUUUAGUUGAAUUGAAGACCCAUUGAGUACUACUGUACAUUUUGUUGUACAUGUUUUUUUGCUAGAUGUAAUUGUUUUUAUGCUUUAAAGUACUUUUGUGAAUUCACAAAAUUUUGAUGAUUAAAGCUCAACAUGUAUAUUUUUAAA